AUGAAUUACAUCAUUUCACUCGUCUGGAUUGUUUAUGCAACUCUCCAGUCUAUAAUAGUUUAACCUAAAUUUUUCAAAAGAGAAUUAGAAGUUUUGUUUGAUUUAUAUGAAAUCAAUUAGAGUAACUAGGUCCAAUUAAUUAAGGCACUGAAGUUUAUAAAGUAGUAAAAUUCGACCUCAAUUCACGUGUAACUUGAAGAUCUAAAAGAUAAUACCGAUUAUGAAUUCAAAUAUCAGGUCAAUCUUAUGGAUCUAAUAGGAAAUUCAGGAAUAUAUUCAGGAAAAUUCAAGACAUUUUCCUCUAAUUAAAAUGAGUUCAGCUUUGUAGCGUCUACAUGUGCAAGAAGCCAAUCAAAUUCAAGAGUUUUUACUGAUAUUUUGGACCUCAACCCUGAUUUCAUGAUAAAUGUGGGAGAUAUGCAUUAUUCCGCCAGAAAUUACUCAAAGUUGGAAACAUUUGUCCUAGCCUAUCAUGAAAUAUUCAAACAAAGAAAUUAAAGAAAUCUCUAUUAAAGCAAGCCUUUGAUUUACACUUUUGAUGAUCAUGACUUUGGGUCAAAUAAUGCUGAUGGAUUAAGCGAUUCACAUGAAUAUGCGCAUUAAGCCUAUAGGGAUAUAAUACCUAAUUAUGGCAUUUAAGAUGAUAUGGGCAUUUACCAAAACUUUAAAGUUGGGAAGGUAAACUUUAUUCUACUUGAUGGUAGAACCUUUAAGAACACCUACUAUAAAGAUACAAACAUAUAGAUGAAAUGGUUGGAGGAAUAGAUAAUUCAAUCAGCAAAAGAUGAUAAUAUCGAAGGAGUGAUACUUCUUUCAUCUUUGCCUUGGAGUUCAAAAAGAGAAUGGAAUGUAACAACUACAUAUCAUGAAAAGGAAAAGAUAGGCAAACUGAUAGAGGAGCUUGGCUUUAAUACUGGAAAAUUGAAUAAUAAAUUCCUUGCUUUGAUUUCGGGAGAUUAUCAUCUCUUAUCUUAUGAUACAGGACUUAGAAACGAUGAUGGAAACUUCCCAGUAUUUCAAUGUUCCCCUUUGGAUUCAAAACCAACAUGCAAGUCAGGUGGAUUUGAGGGUGAUAUUAUCCUUUAAAGAGGAGGAUUUUGUCAAUUCAAAGUUGAUAAGCAUAGGACAUAACCUAAUAGAAGCUGUCUUGGUUUCAAAGGAUACAUUCAUGAUAAAGUUAUGAUGACCUUCAAUACUUGUGAUGAACAAUUAAAGUUGGAAAUGGAUGAGAAGCUACAAAUUUUAGCACAAGUAAGAGACGAUGAAACAAUACCUUAAAUAGAGAGAUCUUAAGCAGGAGUGCUGCAUGACAUGAUUUUAAAUGGCUCUAUCUGUCCUGCCACACCAAUGGUAAAAAUAUAGGCACUUUUCGCUUUAUUUGGGCUUUUCUUGUUUAUUAUUGCCACUUAUAACAUCAUGAGAAACAUCUGUUAUGUUAGAAUAGAAUGA